GAAGAGGAGGACACACCUUCCGCUGAUUUUGCCACAGUUUGCACGGGGAUGCGUUUUGACUCACAAAAAGGUUCAAGAUCUGACUCGUGCUUUUUGCCAAGAAAUUUUGCCAUUUUUUGCGCACGCAUCGUCUCCGAGGCUGCGCGGUUCCCAACCCAAGAUGACGGGGGUUUUUGAGAACCUGAACACAGAUAUGCAUUCGAACCAGAUUACCUCAAACAAUUACCACAGCUUGCACAAAUCGCAGGAGUCCCCUACUCUGCCGGUCUCCACGGCGACGGACAGCAGUUUUUACAACAACCAGCAGCCAGGGCACUGCGCCGGGUCUCCCUUUGGCCAGCUCGGCUCUUACCAGUACCACGGCAGCGCCACGGGCUCUGUGCCAUAUCCUAAUGCAAAGUCAUACGACCUGGGUUUUAAUUCUUCGUAUGGUGCAUACGGCUCUUACGGCUCCAACUCCUCUCCUACUCCAGCCGAGACAGAGAAAGAAGAAAGCGAGCCAGAAAUUCGGAUGGUUAAUGGAAAACCAAAGAAGGUCAGGAAACCUCGAACCAUUUACUCCAGCUUCCAACUGGCUGCUCUUCAGCGGAGGUUUCAAAAGACCCAGUAUUUGGCUCUGCCAGAACGAGCCGAGCUGGCAGCUUCGCUGGGCCUUACGCAAACACAGGUCAAAAUCUGGUUCCAGAACCGCCGCUCCAAGUUCAAGAAGCUGUGGAAAAGUGGCGAGAUCCCCCCAGAGCAACACGUUGCUUCCAGUGAAUCUCCUCCGUGUACGUCUCCGUCGACUACUGCCUGGGACUUUCCACAGACUCAAAGAAUGAACGGUGUCAGCUCGGUUUUACCUCAGAGCAGCGGCAGCCCUCCCAACACGACUGCGCCUUCGUCGUUUUUGGCAAACUACUCUUGGUAUUCAACGAACUCUACGACGCAUCUGCAGCCUCCUUUGGUCCAGCAUCACCACAACUCAGCUAUAAGCGCUGGGACGAUAUUCUGAAAUAAAAAUAACAACAACAACAACAAAAAGCAUCGGUUCUAAAUCAGACAAUAAAUAAAUGCCAAUACCUUGAUUUCACAGACCUCGUGUGCGUCGUUACGCGCAGAAGCUAGCAGAAAUUAACGCAGCAAGACAGGUUCAUCAUGGACUAAGUUUGAUGCUGGUGAUGUGAUGGACACAGAUUUCUACACUUAUUUUUGUAUUUAUUUAUUUUCUUUGUGUGAGGGAUGAAUGAACCACUAUUACCCAAAGCAUUUACAGCAAGGCUACGAGCCCACUUUUACGCGGACGUCACUUUUUUUGACAUUUUCUGGAAAAGAAACCUGAAAACUUUGACAUCAGGACAACCUGGCUGUCACAGAUGUAGCGAAAAUUAUAUCCUAACUGUAUUGUGCCUUUUGCAAUAUGACCUCAAUUUGUUCUGCGGGAAAAAUAGCAUAUUCACUCCUCAGAUAGCUUAGUUGAUAUAAAUAUACAAGAAUGGUAAAGGUCUUUGUAAAUAGCUUAUUUUAUCACAUCUUUUUUUACAGUCUUUGUUGCUCUGACUCUUCUCCUUAGGAUGUUGGUGCAAAUUCAUUAAUCACCGUACAAGCUACUGAUUGUUCCACCCCUGAUUUACUUGUAUCCCAUUUUUAUUGUGGUUUGGUCUUAUUUAUUUUAGCAGUGUUUCA